AGAAGACACAAUAAUCUUAAGAGUUCCUGUUUGGAGUUAUAAAAUAAGAAGUUUUAAGUUAGAAAAGUUAGAGUGAUUUGUUCGUUCCAGUGUGAAGAAUCAACUGACUUGAAGAAAACAUGGCAGGAUAUUUUCUCAGUGCUUUGCUGCUUAUCUUGGUUGUGGUACUUGAGCACGGAUCCUCUUCUGUUUUGAACUACACAGACCGGUUAGACGGAGACACCUACACUACAGCAAACGUGUCGGCCAACGUCUCCAAAGAUAUCAGAAAGGAAGCCAUGGAUUUAUGGAAGAUUAGAAGGAACAGGAGAAGAAGGAUAUGCAAGAGGAAGGUUCUUAAAUGUUUAGAACACGAACCCCUAGAGAACAUAAAAUGUCCGAAUAAGUCUGAGGAGAAGGCCCGUUUUAGAACAAUUGAUGGAACUUGCAACAACGUGGAUCAACCCUUUUUUGGAGCAGCUGGUACUCCAUUCAGACGAGUACAACCAGCUGAUUAUGAAGAUAAGGUCUCGGCACCUCGCGUGGCACAAAGUGGAGACCAGUUACCUAAUGCGAGAAACGUGAGUCGUUUCGUCCAUGGCAGUAAUUCAGACCGCCAAAACCCUAAUUCGCCAAAGCUGACUCACUUAGCAAUGAAUUGGGCUCAGUUCCUGGACCAUGACUUAACGCUGACGCGGAAAAAAACUGUUACCUGUAAAACCGUUCCAUCUAAUGAGUCAGAGUGUUUCAACGUUGAAGUUCCGGCCGAUGAUGACGUCUUCCAGAGCAGGGGUGUUACAUUCUUCGAGCUGAUUCGAGAUGCUCCCCAUGAGUUUAAGGUAGAGUGUGCACCAGGACCAAGAGAGCACACCAACAACAUAACAGCUUUCAUCGACGCCUCCAACGUUUACGGCUCUAACGAGAUGGAGGCUGCACACCUUCGAGCACCCGACGGGACAAUGAAAAUUAGGACACCUCAUCACGGCUGCCCCUUGAGGGAUCUUUUACCUGCACAAAAUGAUUCUGAGAUACCAUGCGCAUCAAAAGAUCCUAACAGACCUUGUUUCGUAGCCGGAGACGAGCGCGCGAACGAGAAUCAAGGUCUCAUGUCAGUUCAUACUCUCUUCGUCCGGGAGCAUAACCGAAUAGCAACAUUUUUCGAUAAAAACACAGGAUGGGAAGCGGAGCAGAUUUACCAGGAGACCAGAAGAAUAGUUGGGGCGGAAUUACAAUUCAUUACAUACAACGAAUUUCUGCCACUGCUUCUUAGCCCCAAAACGAUCAGAGACAACAACCUCGCUCUGCUGAAAGGAACACGGUAUUUUAAUGGUUACAACUCUUGUAUCAAUGCCCAAACGUCUCAAGCCUUCUCUGCGGCGGCUUACCGAUUUGGUCACAGUAUGGUUCAAGAGGAGUUUUUACGCUUAAGUCAGAAUGGCUUUGACCACAAAUGUAGCAAUGAUUCUAAGUCAGAGUUCUUGCCCAUCCCAGUAAAGGACUUUGGUAAUCCAACCUACUUAUACGAUAAGUGUAAUGGGGGUGUCGAUUCCAUUUUUAGAGGCUUGGUUAAAAGUCCAGCAUCCAAAGUUGAUGGGCUCUUUUCCAAGUCUGUACAAGAAAACUUGUUUCGAGGCCCUGGUGACUUGUCCGACCUCGUAUCCCUGAACAUCCAAAGAGGACGCGAACGUGGUUUGCCUUCAUACACAACAUAUCGAAACACGUUUUGUAAAAUUACGCCUAUAGUAAACAGCUUCGAAGAUCUGCAAAAGGCUGGCAUCACCCAAAAGGAUAUAGAUAAUUUGAAGUCCCAGUACCAGUCAGUCCACGACGUCGAUCUUUUCGUUGGAGGAAUAUUGGAGCCUGCAGACUCAGAGGGAGGAGCACUAGGGAAAACCUUUCAAUGUCUAUUAGCUGACCAGUUCAAACGCCUACGAGAGGGUGACCGCUUCUGGCAUGAAAAUGCACCAAACCGAAGCCUGGACACUGAUAAAACAGCUUUUACGCGAUGCCAACUGCAAGAAAUAAGAAAGGUUACAUUGGCCAAGAUAAUCUGCGACAAUGCUGAGGACAUUCCAUCUAUCCCCAAGAGGGUAUUGCAACAGUCAAAGGUAUUCGUGGAUUGUAAUAAGCUGCCCAAAAUGAACCUGGAUGUGUUUACACCAGAUUUCAAAUGUCGGCAGAGAAGGUAUGCAACUAUCAUUGCUUUGUAA